AUGGAGAAACAUGAGAGCGAGCAUCAUGAUGUCUUGGAGACCUCCGAGCACUCGUCUGUCAUGGAUACUGCGCUGACCCCAGAAGAAUUGGAGCAGGAGAAGAAGCUCGUCCGGAAGAUUGAUUUGUACAUUCUGCCAUGCAUGUGGUUCAUGUACUUGUUGUCCUACAUGGACCGAACUAAUAUUGGAAAUGCCAAGAUCGCCGGAAUGGACAAAGACCUUAAUCUGGAUUCCAACAAAUACUCCAUCGCCUUGACCGCCUUCUUCGUUAGUUAUGUCGUUUUUGAAGUUCCUUCAAACAUGAUUCUCACCCGAACUCGGCCGAGUCGCUACCUUGCCACCAUUAUGUUCCUCUGGGGUGCCGUCACUAUUGGCAUGGCCUUUACUCCCAGCUACGGCGCUCUUGUCGCCUUUCGGUUCGUCAUGGGCCUCCUGGAGUCCGGGUUUGCCCCCGGCAUGCUCAUGAUUCUCUCGUCGUGGUACCGUAAAGAGGAGCAGAGCAGACGCUUUGCCGUGUUCAUCUCUGCCGCCAUCUUAUCCGGUUGCUUUGGUGGUCUCCUUGCCGGUGCCAUCACUACCGGCUUGCACAAUGUGCAUGGUAUUCAUGGCUGGCGCUGGCUCUUUAUCGUCGAGGGUGCGGGCACCUUGGGCGUUGCCAUGCUGGCAGUCUUUAUUCUGCCAGACUUCCCGAGCAACACGUCGGACCGCAAGCUCAGCGCAGCGGAGAGAAGCCUGGCGAUUCGGAGAUUGCAAGUCGAUGCGCGAAGCAACCGCACAGAAGAACAGCCGCACUUGACUCACUUGCAGGCCCUGAAGCUGAGCGUGACAAACUGGCGAACGUGGCUGCUAGUGGUUGGCUAUAUGGCUAUCGUUGGAUCAUCCACUCUAUCUUACUUCUACCCGACCUUGGUCAAAGGCCUUGGCUACGAAUCGAGGGAUGCGCAGUACAUGACGGUUCCUAUAUUUGGUGUAGCAUUUGUGACAACAGCCAUCAUAGGCUAUGUUGCCGACAAGCAUUCCAAGUGGCGAGGCGUGAUGCUCGGUGCUAUGAUGACAAUCGCGAUGCUCUGUUCCGUCAUCAUCUGCGCCGUGUACAACUUCAAGGCAAGAUACGCCCUUCUCGUCAUUAUGGCAUCGGGACUCUGGGCUUCCAAUGGUCUCGCGUUGUCGUACGCGUCUGUGACGUUCUCUUCGAUGCCCAACGAGACGAAAGCUGUGUCUCUGGCACUUGUCAACGCCUUGGGAAACCUGGCUCAGAUUUAUGGAGCAUACCUUUUCCCGGCUGCAGACGCCCCAAAGUACCUCACUGGCUUUGGUGUCAUCAGUGCAAUGUGCUUGACUGGAGUGGUAGCCUACCUGUCGUUGCAUGUAUUGCUCGGGCGCGCUGCAAAGCAUAGCGCAAUCAAUUAA